AUGCUCUCCGAGUACUUUCAAAAGGACCAGUAUUGUCCCGUUGGGACGGCAGGAAAGAACUGCGAUCUCCCCUGUGAUCCCAAUCAUGGAGCUUCCGAUGCUUCUGGUGCUUGCUUGUGUCAAUCAACAAAGUGGACGGGGGAUGAUUGCUCAAUUGAGGUACCAGAGGAUCUAAACCUGCUUCCACCCGGACUGCUGAUUACAUCAUAUGUCCUGGUUACAAUUAACUUUGUGCUUGUAGCAGCUUGUGGAUUGUGGUUGAUGGUCCACAGGAAUCGGGCUCACGUCAAGAUCAGUCAGCCAAGCUUUCUUGUACUCAUCUUGCUGGGCUGCAUUAUUUCUUCUUCGACCAUUUUGGCUUUGGCGCAGGAGGACGAGGGCGACGGCCCUGUUGGUGCCUUCAUGCUCAUUCCUUGGAUGUAUUCAGUUGGUUUCUCAAUCACAUUUGCCACUCUGUUCGCAAAUAUUUUGAGACUGUUCAUCCUCAUGAGGUCUGCCGCAGAGAUGAGACGCGUUACAGUUUCAUUGCAAGGAACUUUGGGGCUUGUAGCACUUGUGCUUUUGGUAGAUGUUUCUAUUCUGGUGGCAAGUGGUCAUCCUGCGGACACAAAGCUGUCAACACAGGUGCGCUCACACUUUGAUUUGGCGCAGAACGAUACUCAGCAAAGAUCAGCUGGGCAAUCCACUUGCUUCGCAGGGUAUCUGUGUCUCGGACUCCUGGGCCAUUUUCGCAUCCAUCAUAUUUGCCUUUCAUCUCUGCCUGAUGCUCGCAGCAUGUUUCAUAUUCUAAACAGACUGAGCAACGGCAAGUUUGUGAGCAUUGCGAUGUUCUCAAAUUUGCAGAUCAUGAUCGUCGCCAUUCCUGUGCUAUUUGUCGUUGGAUCUGAUGCGACAACCAGCUUCUUUGUGAGAUCCAUCGCGAUAUGGGUAAACGACUUUGUGGUUUUGGCCUUGAUCGUUGGCCCGCUAGUUUUCAACGUUACCAAAUUUGAUGAUGCAAAUCGAAGGUCAAGGUUGCAGGAGAACAGUACUGAACCCAUUCACACUGGGAUAAAACAAUAUGCUGAGAAAUUGCGAAGCACAAGAAAGCUGAGUGUUGACAACGCAUGGGGUGGCGAAAUAUAUACAGUGCCAACGUUUGGCAGCAGGAAGACCAACCAAACAGCUACUGGCUGCACUAAUAGAUCAUCACUUGCGGUCAGCAGAGAUCCAGGAAUGCCAGACAGCAGCUUCAAGGUGUUGCCGGAUGGCAACGAACAUGACAAAUGUAUCCCAGAAGAAGAGGAGGAGGGGAUAGAAGAGAAUCCAUCCAAUGCUGGUAUGGCAGCACCCCACGCCGGGGAUGUGUCGUUCAUUGUGGAAAGUUCCAAGGAUUCUGUCGAUACAACAAGUGCGAGAGAUGCACGGAAGACAACGAAUCGCAUACAACCGGUGCGGGUGGAUAAGCCCAUCGAAUGA